UAGAGAAGUCUGGUCACCCGUCAAAUACACACACAUGUAUUUUUCGUGCCAGUGUGAUUGCGGCACAAAUGAAUGAGAUUGACGAUUUAUUUUUGGCGCAGAUUAUUUGCUCGUUUCUUGCAUUUUUUUCGUCUGAUAGGAUAUUACAAGUAACUGAGUAAAGAUGUCGUGGAGACUACAGCUAGAUGGGGGCUUAGCCGCGGACUUUGAUUCCAACCUGAGCGGUUUGGGCACUGAGCUUGGCACGGCCGCUUAUAAUAUGAGUGAGGUACUGGCCCUGCCAAUUUUCAAGCAAGAGAAUGUUGAAGACGCAUUUCAGUACAUAUUAAAUGCAGCCACCUCACCGGCCACUAAGGUGAACGAAGAAACACUGACAUACCUCAACCAAGGCAAGUCGUACGAGAUGAGACUGAAGAAACUAGGAGAUGUCUCGCAGUUUGAAGGCAAAUUACUCAAGAGUGUAGUUCGAGUUCUCUUCAACGACAAACGACUCCAGUAUGCCGAGUCUGAACAGCUGGCCUCGUGGCGGACCAAUCGUCCCGGUGAACGCCUGAUCAAGUUAGACGUACCACUCUCACACAAUCUCAUUGAGUUCAACGCCAGCUCCAGCGCCCUGAAUGCCGUGGAAUUCCUCUGGGACCCUACUCAAAUUGCUAGCUGCUUUGUUCAGGUUAAUUGUAUCAGCACAGAGUUCACACCCAAGAAGCACGGAGGGGAGAAAGGUGUUGUCUUUCGUCUUCAUGUGGAUACGCACAUCCAUGGCAAGGAACAGGAGAAACCCUUUCACUCAGCUAGCUGUCAAGUCAAAGUCUUCAAGCCGAAGGGAGCAGACAGAAAACACAAGACGGACCGAGACAAAAUGGACAAAAUAUCCGACUCAGAAAAAGAGAAAUACCAUCCGUCCUAUGAGUGCACAGUCCUGACUGAGCAAGAAAUACAUUUGUCUGGAUCAGAAAGCAACGGGAAAGUGCCGCCGAGUCCGUCAGAGUUAGACUGGUCGCUGGGGCAGAGCCCCUUAAUGCACAAGCAUGUUUCCCCCUUCCGAUUACCUACCGAGAACAUCCCUGUGCCCUUACAGCUGAGAGAGCAGUCACCCAUCUUCCAUCCAGAUGACUCCUUUGGAUCAUUUGAAGAUUCAGCUAACAACCAGUCGUCAAGCAGUGAGACGGUGGAGCACUUGGGCGCAGGCAACUUCGUGGGUACGCCAUCCGUUGGGACAAGCAUUCAGGACACUCAGGAUUGGUUGAAGCAAAACCGCUUUGGUACAUACACCAAGCUCUUUCAAAACUUUGCAGGUGCUGAUCUCUUGCGACUUGGUAAGCAGGAUCUAAUACAAAUCAUGGGACCAGCAGACGGAAUCAGGUUAAACAACGCACUCCAGAAAAGACAUGUUAGACCGAGACUGACGCUGUAUGUGUGUCAAGAGCAGGAACAAGUGUAUCAUGCUGUGUACCUAGAGUUGCAGACGUUACAGGAAUUACGCGCCAAACUGGCAACAUUGUACCACAUUCCCUCAGAGCAUAUAUCCACAAUACUACGACAAGGGCCGACUGGUAUCCGUGUUCUUGUCAGUGAUGAGAUGGUCCAAAAUUUUCAGGAGGAGUGUUUAUUUUCACUUCAAACAAUCAAAGAUGAACCAAGUUCGGGACUGGACAAGCACGUGCAGGGAGAAACGUACACAAUCAUCAUGGCAUAAAAUAACCAAUAAUUACACAGAUUUAGUGUAUCGGAAUGUGGAUGCAGGUAUUUUUUUAGCUUCUAUCCACGGUCAGAAAAAAGAAGCUUUUUAUUUUUGAAGAUAUUGAUCAUUCACUGGUCAUGAAAUUACCUCGAAAAACCAUGUCAGUGGAAUUUUUUUUUUAAACUGAAAUUUAAUGUAAAUUGAUCAACCGUAAUGUAAAUUGGCGACGAUUAUCUUGACAAACGUUGGGACCUCCCUGCAGUAUACAAAUUAGAUGGGCAAAUACAGUUGAAUAAACAAGAACAGUACGUAGAGAACCGUGGUUUACAGGGCGAGUCAAAACCAAAAAAGGAAACCCAAAUGGCGCCCCCUAUUUUUGUAAAAGAAUUUCUGCAUGUAGCAUUUUUCA